AUUAUUAACUUUAGACCAUAUACAACAAAAAAAGUAGGCAACAAAAUGGUCAUUUGAAUAUUUUUCAUUAUUUAAACCCCUGUAUCACUUGCUGUGCCGGGCUUGAGCAGAGGAACUCCCUUAAGAAACGCGCGGCAUUAAAGUCACCGAUCAAAGAUAAGUUCAGAAAAGUAUAAGGAGAAUAAUACGGCAAAUAAGUUCAAAGAAAGUCUACAGACAAGAAGUCUAUACAGCAAAUCUUGAUAGACUUUAUAAAGAGAGUCUCCAUGAAGAGGAGAAAAGAAAGUUAAACUAUUUAUUAUGAGUAGACACAUUAUGAGUAGAAAGAAUAAUGACACUAGACUCCAGAAUGAUAUAAAAAAGUGAGAUUUGAUCAUAUUCGUACAUUUACGUAAUUAAAAGUCAUGCUUAAAAGCUUAAAAAUUAUCGGGUCCGAAAAUUGAUAUUACUGCAUGGCUGCUGGGAGAAUUUCGUUUCAGGCAUGAGAACGUACAAUCCUUGAAAAUGAAAAAUAAAUAAAUUUAAAUAUGCCUUUUUUGGCUGCUUGGAAAGUCUUGAAAUAUAAGAAAUAUAUAAGUAUUACAAGGUCUUAACGACCAUGAACAGAUAAUCAGUAUCAGUGCGCGCACGAGUAUAUCAUUUUCAUAUACAAUUACUUCUCCAUUAUCAUUACAUUAAUCUACAUCACUCUGUUCUACAAUGCAAAUUAACGAAUCGGCAAAUUGGUGAUCCACCGACAAAGUUCAUCAAGUUCACAAAGGCAAUCUUGCGUGAGAAGAAAAAAGGAAGAAAAAAUUUUGAUAAAGAGUGAAAGAGAAUAAAUGCCUCCGUAAUAACCCUCGAUGGAGCAGGCGGAUGGAGCGGAGAGGAGGAUCAGGUAACUUGUGGCAAGGACGUGGCCUAGUCCCCGACGACGACGACGACGACGACCGGUGUUCGUUGGCUCUUCGAGAUGCAAGAGCAGGGGGAUUCGGUCCCGAACUCGUCGCUCUCAUUGGGCGUGGUCCGAUUUCUUGCUCAAUUUUGCGCUCUUCGCGACCGCGAAUCGGUUGGCCGUCGAAGGUACAUACCGUCACCGAGUUACAUCAGUGAACGGGUACGACCUGAUAUGUGUAAGUGCACGGCGGCAGCAAUGUGGUGUGGUGCGUUGUGGGCCUCCCGGGCCCCGGGCAGAGUGAUAUAAAAGCCGAAAACCAUCCAUCCAUUGGUAUCAUUCGCAUCAGACUCGCAAGAUCGAGCGAACUGUCUAUCACCCGAGCAACAAUGGCCUUCAAGUUUGUCGCUUUCGCCGUCCUGAUCGCCGCCGCCAACGCCGGUGUAAUCGCGCCCGCCGCCCCCCUGGCCUACGCCGCGGCCCCCGCGGUCGUCGCCGCCCCCCUCGCCAAGGCCGUAGUAGCUAAGGCCGUCGACGCCGACUUCGACCCGCAUCCACAGUACAGCUAUGCCUACGACGUGCACGACAGCCUGACCGGCGACGCCAAGAGCCAGCAGGAGACCCGCGACGGCGACCUCGUUCAGGGUAGCUACUCCCUCUUGGAGGCCGACGGCACCAGGCGCAUCGUCGACUACACCGCCGACCCGGUCAACGGAUUCAACGCCGUGGUGCGCAAAGAACCCGCCGCCGUCGCCGUCAAAGCCGUCGCUCCCGUCGCGCCCGCACCCCUCGCCUACGCCGCCGCCCCGGUCGCCAAGAUCGCCGCUCCUGUGGCACACGCCGCCCCUCUGGCCUACGCUGCCGCCCCGAUCGCCAAGUUCGCCGCCCCCAUCGCCCACGCUCCCAUCGCCUAUGCCGCACCGGCUGCACCCAUCGCUUACGCCGCGCAGUUAGCCAAGGUCGCCGCCCCCGCUGCCUUCUCCUACGCCGCCCCCGCUGCCUACCUCCACUGAACUGUGUGACCUGACCACCACUUAGGAAUGAUACUUAACGAAUAAAUCUCGUAGCAAGUAUAUAAGUCGUAUGGGAUUAUCUACGCCUAUCUUCAAUUGUAUCUUCGUCUUCAGUAAUUAAGACUUGGACUCUUGAGAAAAACCUAGAGAGAGAUUUAAAUUGCAGAAUUAGUAGCAGCGUUUCUUAGAAAUAGCAUUUAUAUCUUUAAUAUAUAAUUCAUUUUUUCACUGAUGGGAGAAAAGUAUCUUCCGCUUUCUUCGCCAUCUUUCUCUCGCUGUGUGUACAAUUUUUCAAUCAUUUAGAAUAAGACCUGGAACGUUUUGUGUCCUGAAUGUUUGAAUAAUCAUAACUUUUUUCACCGA